GAAAAAAGCACAUGAUUACAAGUCCUCAGUAAAAUUACCAUGAGCAGGGUCAAUAUCAAUGCAUUUGUUUCACAACUCAUUUGGUCAUUUAAUAUAGAAGUUAUAUUAUACAGACAAGGGAAGUAAGUAUAACAUGUUAUCCCUUGGGUAUGUGUCCCUGGCAACAGUAGUUUGUGUGGCUCUUAGCCAACCAGAGAGUACAUUUGUCAACUACUGUACACCAACAGAAGACUGCUGGCCAUGUGCUCCUGAUAUCAGAGCCUUUGCAGCCACUCUGUCUUCACCUGAUAUCCUAAUAGACAAUUGGAAUGAAAAGUUUGAUCUUGCAGCAGAUGUUGGGAACCACUAUCUAUGGAGGAAACCUGGAUGGGUGGUGGAUGUUCAAACACUUGAGGACGUCCAAAAAGCUGUGAGAUUUGGGAGAAAGCACCGAUUAAGGUUAUCUAUUGUAUCAUCUGGCCAUGACUUUGCUGGCCGUAACACGGGAACAGCCUCUUUGAUGAUAAAUACAAGAAAUAUGAAAGCCAAGCGGGUGUAUCCAGCUGACGCCAACAGUCCUACUGGAAGUUCACUAUGGGCAGAGCCAGCAUGUAACAUGGGGGAGAUAUUUGCUGAGGUAGAUAGGUAUGGCCUGGUUGCUGUUGGAGGGAAUGCACAUGGUGUGUCUGUAUCAGGUUGGACACUGGGAGGAGGACACAGCCAGCUGAGCAGGAAGUAUGGCCUGGGAGUGGACAAUGUCCUGUCAUUUGAGGUGGUAUUGGCUGAUGGUAGCGUGGCUAACGUAUCUGCCAAUGGUACAUAUAUAAUUGAUGCUAACAACAACCCUGUGGAGGCCCCAGACAAUGACCUCUGGUGGGCCUUAAGAGGAGGGGGAGGGAGUACAUUUGCUGUAAUGACUGCUCUUCAUAUAAAGCUGUUCCCUGCGGCAACAGGAUAUGUCAGUACAUUCCUUACUUAUCCUAUAUGGGGUGAAAACAUGUAUUGGUUAGAUGAGCCAGUUAACAACACAGGGGAGCAGGUCCUGGAUUUCUUCUAUAAGGAUCUACUAUGGAGAUUGCCUGACACCUGGGGUGGAUAUGUAAUGAUAUAUACAGGACCUGUUGACCUUACAUGGUUGUAUCCUGGCUAUUCCCAACUAGGAAGCGUACAAUUUACUCUGUUCCACUAUGGACCAUGGGAGGAGGCAAUGAAUGGCCUCCAGCCUCUCAUUGACUUCCAUCCUGAAUGGCGACUUGCAAAUGAUUUAUUCAACUUUAGCACUUAUUUGGAAAUGAAUGAAGGUGGUGUUAAUGACAUCCUGAAUGGAAACACCUACAUUGUGAACCGUCUUCACCAAGAGGAAUAUCUCAAAGCAGGUGCUAUUACUGAAGUUUAUAAAAACUACAUACAGGAUUUUGAUGAAGAUAGCUUUCAAUUCAGCUGCACACUUGCACAUCUGGGACAUGCGACAGUGACCCCUGGGCCAGAGGACACCUCAAUUAGCCCUGAAUUGCGAAAAGCAUACAUCAGCAAUUCCUGUGGGACAGCAUGGGGAGCAGGGGAAACAGGGGACUACCAACGUCUAGCAAUAAAAGAUUUUGAUUCUAAUUUCUUACAACAAGCAGGAGAUGGUGUGUAUUAUAAUGAACCUGACACAGACCUGGUCAAUUGGAAAUCAGACUUCUGGGGAUCGAACUAUGCCCGCCUGGCAGAGAUUAAACAGCGCUAUGAUCCAGAUGGCUAUUUCAGGUGCUCCCAUUGUGUUGGCUCUGAUGUGCCAUUCACUGGGAUCACCAUACCAUAAAUGAUCCAAUGUUAGUUUACAUCACUGGAUGAGAUACUUUGAAUAUGGUUCAAUAAAAGAACUCCAUGUAUCACAAACAAA